UUCCCGGCAAAAGUUAUUUGUGCGACUGUUUUCAAAUAAUUAAAUAACAAUUUGGUGCUCGGAAAAAUGGUGGACUGCGUGCUGUGUGGCUCCUCGACGGAGGAUAGCUGUGACUACGGGCCAUCCUUUCACUUCAGCAAUAAGAAGGUGCACAGCAAUUGUCUGUACACUAGCUCUAAUCUGGUGCAACGCGGCGGCGUUAAAAAUGGAAUCUCAGGAUUCCGGAAGCAGGACAUUUUGGCGGAGGUCCAGCGUGCCAGUAAAUUGACGUGCUUCUACUGCGGCAGAAACGGCGCCCCAAUUGGCUGCUGCCGAAAGACGUGUCGCCGAAGUUUCCACUUCAGCUGCGGCCUGGAGAACCUGGUGCGCUAUCAAUUUUCCGGCUCGUAUAAAUCCUACUGCCAUUCACAUAUCGCUCGUACCAGAGCUCGUCCACAGGCCGAUCAGUGCUGCGUAAUAUGCCUGGAGCUUCUGAUGCCUGAGGAGAAGAAAUUUUCUCCGGUAUUGAUGCUGGAGGCUCCGUGCUGCCGCAAUGGCUGGUUUCACAAGCACUGCGUUCAGAAAUACGCCAACAAUGCUGGCUACUUUUUCAAGUGUCCGCUGUGCAACAGCUCGUCAAAGUUCCUGGAUCUCCGUCUCUGGGGCAUUUCGGUGCCGAACAGCGAUGCCUCGUGGGAGACCGAACCGAAUGCAUUCCAGGAUCAGCUUGUCCGCGACAUGACCUGCACGGUCCCCGAUUGCAUCGCUUUGGAUGGGCCCGAUUCGGACAUGGUCAAUAUCAUUUCUUGCCAACUGUGCGGAUCGAAACCGGUGCACUGCUACUGUGUCGCGGCGACCGAUACGUACGUCUGCGAGACCUGCAGUGCUGUGUCACCGCCUCCUGAUGAUUCCGAGGACGAAUUUGAGGUCUUUGCUAGUACACAGUUUGCCGGGUCUAGGCAGGACAGGCGUGACCAGAAUCGCCAAAGCUACCGUGAUAAGCUGCGUGCUCCGAGCAUUGAAGACGAAGAUGACGAUGAGGAAGAUAAUUGGGAGUCUAUUGCCGAUCAGACAAAAUCACUCCACCCCACGGUGCGCCCUCACUUGGCCAACGCUCCAUCCGCUGCUACCGAAUCGUCAGCACGGACUCCUUAUGGACUUGCCUUGAGAGCUCGGUCUCGCACCAGCUUGGCCAGCCUGGCGACUGCACCUCCUGUUGCUGCUGCAGCUCCUGCUGCUGAAGUGCGUCAGAGCAACACAUCUCGCAGAGGAGAACUAGCAGCCGAACGUGAGGCUGGAAUGACAAAUGUCGCUCGCAAAGAGGAGACGGAGGCUACACCGAUUAUCAGGGAAUUGCGUCGACGCCGCCAGAGUACGACUCGCCCUCGCGAAAAUGUCGCACCGGAAAGUCCCCCGGCAAACGUGUCAUGUGUCGCCAGUCGCACACGAAGGCGCACGGCUGCCAAGCCAAAAAAGUAAUGUGCGAAAGUACGAAUCAAUACAGAUUGAUUUUUUAAUGUUUUUGUUUUCUUAGAUAAUAUCUAUGAUGGCAUGGCCAUAUCAUUAUUAUUUUUUAUUAUUAGUUUUUGUCUAUUUUUCUUUUAGUACUUUUAAUGCAGUAUUUAUCCUAAUUUCAAGAUCUCCCUAAACAAAGGAAACGAAAGGAACUUAAGUUAA